UGAUGGGCUGCAAAGACCUCUGUUACCGGAAACAUCACAAAAAGCUCAAGCAGUUCCAGAGGGUGGAGAUAAAAGUGAAGAUGGACUGCGAAGGGUGUGAGAGACGGGUGAGGAAGUCGGUGGAAGGCAUGAAAGGAGUCAGCAAAGUCACCGUCGAUCCUAAACAGAGCAAACUCACGGUCGAGGGAUUCGUCCAACCCAGCAAGGUGGUGCAUCGUGUGAUGCAUCGGACGGGGAAGAAGGCAGAGCUGUGGCCUUACGUGCCUUACGAGGUGGUGCCACACCCUUAUGCUCCUGGUGCCUACGACAAGAAGGCCCCUCCUGGCUACGUUCGUAAUGCGCUCGCCGACCCUCUAGUCGCUCCGCUUGCUCGUGCCAGCUCCUUCGAGGUCAAAUACACUUCUGCUUUCAGCGAUGACAAUCCCAACGCUUGCACCAUCAUGUGAUCAACUCUGUCAAUUUGUUUUCUAUAUAUAUAUAUAUA